CCGAUGGCGAGUCUGAAAGCGUGAGCUGUGAAACCACUCAGCAAAGGUGAGAGGACAGUCAGAGAGGCCGGGAAAGCAUCGAAAUGCUUCGUGUAUUCAAUGUUUUCUGCAGAUCACUCACGUCACGCCUCGCUGAGACCUCAGGACAUUCACGAUGCAGCCCACUGGUGCAGCCCACUCCUCGUCCCGUCCGCCCAGCCCUGCCCUCUUCCAGCCCGCCGACCUCUUUGACCUGUCAUUGCCCAUCAGCAAGAUGGCCGCCAUGGCCAUGGCGACUGACGGUGCCAAACGAGCCGCUCUCCGCUCGCAGAUCGUCACCCGCACUCGGCAACAGGAGCUGCUGGGCCACACUGCGGAGACCGUCAACAGCACCCUGCUCAACGCCGUCCAGCAGCACAUCGACAAGGCCAUCAGUCGUCUCGGCCUGGCGGACGUGUUGUCCUUCGACAUUGGCGGUGAUUCGGAGGCCGGCUUGAAGGUGGUCUACGUGCUGGAGCGGGGCACUGGCGAGGAGUGGCGGGCGAUGGGGCGGUUCCUUCGGAUGGCAUUCAUCUACCGGCUGACCCCCAAUGCGACGCGUCCUCUUCGUCUGUCGGCCGCCAUAUUGCCCACAGCCUUUAACUUCCAUCAGCUGCCACUCACCGUGGCCAUCUACAAGAUUAUCGGACACCAGCUCAGAAACAGAGGGACCAGCCUGGUGCUGCAGCAAACCGGCAACGGACACUAUCGGAUUGGCAAUGAGUCGUUUCGUGUGGUGCCGUUGGGUGAGCUGCCUGGCGGCCACCGCUAUGCUGAGGGCUACAAGCGGACUGAUCCCGCCAUCCGCUGCAGCGUCAGGCUCUACCGCUCAUUCUCGACACGUCUGCUGUACACGCUGCGCGUCAGCUGGUCGAUUGGAGAGGGGGUGGUUGAUAGGAGGGUGCUCUUCGCACACAUCGGCCGUGACGACCCUCGCUAUCGCCGACUGGUGACCGAGGGCAUUACAGACGAUUUGGGCAUCGCUGUCGACUGGCGCAAUGAUGGGGACGAUCUGAAUGCUGCUGAUGCGACAGACGAUCGUCGCGUGAUUGUGAGCGGUUUCCGACUCAACGACACCAUCGCUGCCCAUCUGUGGGUGGGGAAUGGCUACAUCCACCUGUGGACGACUGAGGCACCUGCUGCCAAUCGGGCUCAUCCGCCCGCCGACCGCGAUCCCGUUUCGGUUGGUUCCGCCCGCUAUGUACUGCGGCGAUUCGGUCUCGAGAGUGACGUCAUCGACAGGGGAGGGUAAUAGGGUGAGGAGUGCCGGCUGGCUGAGAUUACUGUCGUUAUGUCGUUGUGAGCGGCUGGCGAGCUUCUGAGACCGCCGCUGUCUGCCUCAAGUCUGCCUGUGGGUCGCGUUCGGCGAUAUCCACCUGCUUACGACCGUGAAAGGUACUGCUCGUCGGGUUCUGUCGCUUGCCCACCGAUUCCGCAUUUCGGAGCCCUUGUGGUGCCGUCUGCUGCGGCGGUACGAUCUGGAGACCGACGUCCUUGAUAGGGGACGGUGGUUGAAUGAGUGUUGCUGGCCGGCGACGGGUGGUGUUGCUGUAUGCUGGACGGGCAGUGUGUUAGUAGUGGAGGGGGACAGGGGAACAGGC